GCCUUCCUAUAGCUGUCGGCACGUCAUGAGACGACGCCGCCGAGUUCCGAAACUCGCAAUAUCUCAUUCGCUUUCUCUUCCUUCCCUCGGAAGAAAGAAACCCUCUCUUUGUCUUCCCCUUCGCCUGCAGAUCACUGCUAUUUCCUGACCCCUCCCUAUCUCGCUUGCUCCUUCCAAGACCCAGCAAUGGAGCGGGCCGAAACUUCUCGCAGCAAAGACGACUCUCGUGUGCGGGCCAAACUAGUCCCCACUGAUUCUGCAUUCCCGUCCAUAAAGAUUGAAUCUUGCGAGGCCCUUAUAUGCUCGGCGACUGUGAACAGCUCGGAUGACAAGCACCAAUGGUGCGAAAUUACGUGGAAGAACGAUAGUGAUAUCGUGACGCUGAGAAACUUGAGUUCAAAUCCAAUAAUUGUUGAUGGGGAGUUAAUUGAAGAAACAGUGGUUAUUAAAAGUGGCAGUGAAAUCACUUCAGGUCCUGAUAAAGAAGGAUAUCUUACAUAUAUUUUUGAACCAUUACCUUCACGAGGAAAUGAUAAAAAGAGAAUAGAGAUAUCUCUUGAUGUUGAGCAUGCAAAGUGUAGCAUAUGCUUAAAUAUUUGGCAUGACGUUGUGACGGUUGCUCCUUGUCUUCAUAAUUUUUGUAAUGGUUGUUUCUCAGAAUGGUUAAGAAGGUCAUCUACCAGGUCCAAGGAAGGUAUCUCGUGUCCACAAUGUAGAUCAGUUGUACAUUCGGUGGGAAGAAACCACUUUUUGCAUAAUCUUGAAGAGGCUAUCUUGCAAAAGUUUUCUUCCUUAAAGCGUUCUGGUGAAGAAAUUAAUUUGCUGAAUAAAUAUGCUUCAAUUAAGUCUAAUAUUGUUUUGGGGAUGCCGAAGUAUCCAUCAAGAAAGAGACCACACACAUUCUCAGACAAUGGUGGCAUUGAAGUUGAGCUUCCAUGUUUUCAAUGUGGCAGUGAACUUGGUGGAUUUAGGUGCAAUGGAACUACUACUCAUUUAAGUUGUCAUGGAUGUGGUGCAAAGAUGCCUUCUCGACCAGAUAUUGGUGUACCUCAAAACUGCUUAGGAUGCAGUAGGACAUUUUGUGGUGCCUACUGGACUACUCAAGGUUUAGAUGCACAACAAUUCAAUGUGAUUUGUCCUGAAGAAACAUUCAAACCGGUUUUUGAGCGCACAAUUUUAAGAAUUCCUGAUUCAGUGCACCGGAAUAAUCGAUAUGAAAAAGAUGUAACUGAAAGGUGUAUAGAGCGCACAGGGAAAACAUUGCAGGUUCUCAUUUCUGACUUGAUCACAAAGUUUGGCAAUAAAGAAAUUGAUAGAACAAAUCUGCAAUUAAAUCAUCCGGAAAUGAUCACUCCCAGGACAUACCUUUGCAAUGAUUGUUAUGACAAGUUGAUCGAUUAUCUACUGUACUGGUUUCGUGUCUCAUUGCCCAGUCAUCUUCUCCCACCAGAUGCAUCUGCGAGAGAGAAUUGCUGGUAUGGCUAUCUGUGUCGCACCCAACUUCACAACGAAGAGCAUUCGAGGAAGAAAAACCAUGUUUGUCGUCCAACAAGAGGCACUGGGAACAUGUAGCUACUCUCAGUAUUUGAAGUAGCAAAUUACUCUCCGGUUAUGCUGUAAAUGUGAAGGUUUAGUUUAUGGCUACUUCCAAUUCUUCCUUUUGUAUCUAAUGCUGCAAAUGUUACAUGUUUGUUAUGUGACCAUGAUUCAAUGUGCCAAGAAUGACUAGUCAGUAAAUUUUUUCCUUGUUAGUUA